GUUUAAUGGUAGGGGUUUUUGCCACUGAGCUAGUGGACUUUGCAAUGGAUAUACGAACACAGUUUCUUUUAUUCUCUUUGAAUCCGACUUAAAUGAAUCAAAAAGAAACGACGGCGUUUUCUCCUCCGAUUGGUAUAAACCCUAAAUGGGCGAAAUCAUAAAUCCAGUUCGCGAUUCAAGCUCGAUUCUCUUCGAUCUCGUCCUUAAGAAUCUCGAUUCUCAUCUCUCCUUCUUCGAGUAUCGCAUGAUGAGUUCGGGUUGUGAGGAUUCGUCUGUGAAUACGAUGGGAAUUCGUGGUAUCCCGGAGCAAUGCGGCUGUGGUCGAAGAACUGGGAUAUACACAUCAAAAACGAAGGUCAAUCCAGGAAGAACUUUCUUUAGAUGCCCAACGUUUCAAAAUGAUCACUUGUAUAAAUGGCUAGAUGAAGCUGUCUACGAAGAGGUUCAAGAUGCAUUGCCAAAAAUUGAGUGCUUUGCAUCAGAUGUUAUGAAACUUAAAAUGGAGAUCGAAAGCAUGAAAACCGUGGAGGAAGAGUUGAAAGAAGAUGUCAGGAAGGCGAGCAAUGAACUUAAGAAGCUGAAUGUGAUCAUGAAAGUGGGUUUUUCGGUGGUUUGUUUAGGCGGUGUGAUAUGUCUUGUAAGGCUAUGUUUACCUAAGAACUCAUGUUGAUCAUGUUUGACAAAGCAGAUGGGUUGUCUAUGAAUAUCUACUAGGAGACUCUAUUUAUGUAAGGCUAUGUUUAUGUAAGACUCAUGGUUCAUGUAAGGCUAUGUUUUAAGACAAUGUUUCAGUA